ACUCGUAUAGCAAGUAUGAAUUAGUGGAUACUGUGUCAGAAUGAGAUUGCCUGCAGUGACAUUGUCAUCUUUAUUUUGGUCUCUGGCCGCGUGGCCAGGAUACCCAUCUGAUGCCCAAUCACCAAAGAGCAGCAAGCUACGACUGGUGGAUGACGGCGAUGCCAUGGCCUGUUCUGGCCUGCUGGAGCUGAAAUAUCAACAGAGAUGGCAGUACCUAUGUGCUAUAAACUGGAGUGAGGCCAUGACCCUGCUGGCCUGUAGUGGCAUCGAGUGCGGGAAGCCUGUCUCUCACUACUUCACCAGCAGUGGUACUCCCUUCACUGGGCUGGGGCUCUCCUGUCAGGGCCAGGAGACGUCACUGCUCCACUGUGCCAAGAAGAGGAAAUCUUGUAUCACCAGAGUGGCCGUUGUGUGCGGGACAGGUAACUCAGGAGUUACCGAACAGCAGCAAUACACCACGGUGACCGAAUCGCCUUCCCCCGUCGCCAUUGCUGGGCUCUUACCUUGGCUGCGCACCGUUCUCCUGCUUUGCGGACUGGCUGCCAUGGUGCUUUCUGUCAUUGCUGUGGAGAUACUGGCCAGGAGACGCAGAGGUAGAUGACUCCUUUCACAGCGAGCACAGUGAGGACACGUGGGGAACGAGCGCUCCAGAUUCCACCGCACUGUAACUGUCACUGCAGGAAACAGCUGGAAAAGAGGAGAAAAGCUCAGAAAAACAUCUGGACAUUAUUAUUAUUAUUGCUAAAGAAAUUGCUGAGUUGAAA